UGUCCUGUUUCCAAUAUUUGACUAUGUGCGUCAUGCUAUUGAUCCUUCAGGAGGGGACCUGUCUGACGAGGUUGCUAAUGACAUGGUUGAGCUCGACCAAGAUGCAUGGCUCUAUGAGACAUGCACAUUAGCCCUCCAACUAGUUGUAGAUCUUUUUGUCAAUUUUUACAACACUGUCAACCCACUUUUGCGGAAGGUGCUCACACUUCUAGUAAGUUUCAUCAAGCGUCCUCACCAAAGCCUUGCUGGUAUUGGUAUUGCUGCGUUUGUACGUUUGAUGAGCAAUGCUGGUGAUCUGUUUUCAGAGGAAAAGUGGCUGGAAGUUGUUUUAUCGUUAAAAGAAGCAGCUAAUGCAACAUGUCCUGACUUUUGGUACAUUGUUAGUGAAGAUAAUGUGCUUGGCAGUCAUGAGCAUAAUUCCAAUGGACAAAGUAAUGAAGUGUCUGCUGGUUCAGACAUACCUCAUGAUGAUACUGAGAGCCAGAGGACACACCAUCUUUAUGCUUCUUUAUCUGAUGCAAAGUGUCGUGCUGCUGUUCAACUUUUAUUGGUUCAGGCGGUGAUGGAGAUCUAUAGCAUGUACCGAUCUCACCUUUCAGCAAAGAAUACCUUGGUUCUAUUUGAAGCAGUGCAUGAUGUGGCAUCCCAUGCUCACUUGAUCAACAGCAAUUCUACAUUACGCGCAAGGCUUCAAGAGUUUGGCCAGAUGACUCAAAUGCAAGAUCCUCCCCUUUUACGCCUUGAAAAUGAGUCCUAUCAAUUUGGCCUCACAUUCUUGCAGAACCUCAUAGUAGACAAGCCUUCAAGUUAUGAGGAGGCUGGAGUGGAGUCUCAUCUGGUUGAUCUUUGCUGGGAGGUGUUGCAGUUUUAUAUAGAAAUUGCAUGCCCUGGACAGGCUUCUGAAUCAUCUACUAGAGGGCAAUCACAUUGGUGGAUACCAUUAGGUUCUGGGAAGCGGAGGGAGCUGGCUGCACGUGCACCUCUUGUUGUGGCAACCCUCCAGGCAAUUUGUAGCUUGGAAGAAACCUCAUUCGAGAAAAACCUAGCUCGGUUCUUCCCCCUUCUUUCAAGCUUGGUAAGUUGUGAACAUGGGUCAAGCGAGGUCCAGGUAGCUCUCAGUGAUAUGCUCAGCACGUCAAUUGGUCCUGUUUUGCUCCGAUCAUGUUGAUCUGGGUAAAAUAGGACUGCAUUUUGGGUGCAUCAUAUAUUUUGUUUGAACCCAUUCUUUCCAACCCAAAAGGUCCAACUAUUGCCCUCAGCUCAUAAUACCCCUGUUACAGGAAAUAUAGUUUCUUCCAGCAUGGAGAGCAAUGGUUUUGUAUGGCUCAGUUCUAAAUCUUCCGCUGUUUAUUCCGUACAGAAUAGCUCUUUUCUUUUUUUCUUUUUUUCUUUUUUCCGAAUUUUGUAGAUUUAAGAGGUUUUCAUGUUGUAUGGUAGUCAUGUUUUUUUGAAUGAGUUUUGUAAAGUGAUUUUCUAAUUAUUUACUUUAGGUUGAAACUUGAUUUUGGGAGAAGCAGAUCCUGUAUAUGCGCUACAUGCUUUUUCUAGGCAAAAGAUAAUACAGGAAAUGUGCCGUCAUACGUAUCUUUCUCUGUAACCCUGAAUUAUUAUGUUAAAUU